AUGCCAGAAGAGGGCGAGGGAGGCAAGGAUGUUGCUGAAAAGGAAGAGGAAGGAGGCUGCAAAAAGUGCUGCUUCGCUUUCCUGGACUGCAUGGCCAUGAUCAUCACCUCCAUCAUCGCCUGUUGUUCUGCCUGUUGGCGCGUCACCAAGGAGUAUGCCAUCUACCCCGUGAAGCAAAGUCUGGUGGACACCUUUGACAGCGUCCAAGAGACGCUCUUCCCCUACAAGCAGGGCGUCAAGGUACCUUAUAGCUACACCGAGGCCGGAGAUGGGAUCCGGGGUUGGCACUUUCUGCACUUUCUCAGCCAGGGCCGUUUCCAGAUUACGAAGCUCACUGAGCGGCGUGCCAGGAUGAGUGACGAUGAUUGGCUCACAGAUCGCACAGCAGCGGGCAGCCAGUCUACGAGCAAUGCUGAUGGUGGCACUCAAAAAGUGGUUGCACCGCCAAAGCUGCUGCUACGGCCAAAGCCAGAAGAGACCUCCACCAACUCUGAGAAGGUUGAGAAGCCUGCGCCGAAGACAUUGAAGCAGAAGGAAGCAGAAUAUGCUGCUGCCAGAGCUCGCAUUUUCGGCUAUUCCGCCAAUGGCGGAACCGGACGAGGCCGUGGCCGGGCGAGUCAAGGUAGAGGGCAAUCUCGAGCACAGCAGAACAAUACCUCAGCCAUGGGCCUCAGCGCAGUUUGGAUUUGA